AUGUCCAACCACGCUGGCGAUUCGUACGCACAAGAGGACGCGCCCAUGCGAGCCAUCUCGGGUCACUACGACGACCAGGAACGGCCUCGCCAACGCUCCCGCUCCCGCUCCCGCUCGCCGUUGCCUCCUCGCUCGCGUGAUGGUGCAAGUGCUCGACCUCGUUCCCGUUCUCGUUCACCCCCACCUCCCAGGUGAGUCAUGUCGUGGUUUCCGUGUUCUUUGGAAAUGGUGCUCAUCCACUUCCUCCUCCCUCCACAAUCGCAGGCGCUACGAACCUCCUCCACCCCGUCGACCGGCGCAUGCUCCUGUGUGUCAUCUGGCAGUGCACUCCGACCCCAUGGUGACCCCCAAGCUACAGCCCAGCUGACGCUUUCGUUCUAUCCUUCUAGGUUGCCGAACCCAGCAACGUGCUCGGUGUGUUUGGUCUCUCGAUCCGCACGACCGAGCGCGACCUCGAGGACGAGUUCUCGCGUUCCGGCAAGGUCGAAAAGGUCGUGAUCGUGUACGACGCCCGUUCGGAUCGAUCGCGCGGUUUCGGCUUCGUGACCAUGGCCGAUAUCGACGGUGCCGACAGGGCCAUCAGUGAUCUCAACGGCAUGGAUCUGCACGGUCGUCGUAUCCGCGUCGACUUCUCCGCCACUAAACGACCCCACGACCCGACCCCGGGACAAUACCGCGGCAUCAAGCGUGACGAAGACGACUUCCCCCCUCGACGAGGUGGUGGAGGAGGCUACGAUGACCGAUGGGGUUCUUCGCGAGGUGGUGACGAUCGUUGGGCUCCUCGCGCCCCUCCUCCUCGCAGGGACGACUAUUCCCGACGCGACGACCGCGACGACCGCUACUCGUCGCGUAGGGACGACCGUGAUCGCGAUGACCGAUCGUCCGGACGUAGGGACUACGGUGGCGGAAGGGAUCGUUCGAGGUCGAGGUCGCCCCCUAGGAGGCGUCGUGACUCGCGCAGCCCUAGUCCUCCUCGUCGUGAACGUUCGAUUCCUCCUCCCCGCGAGUACUAAAUGGCUCUUCGACGCAUCUGGACCGGUGAGUGCAGAAACACGAUAAUUAGAGCGUAUCGUGGUUCCGUCGCUGAUCUACCUACUUCUCUCGCCAAAGGAAAGCCGGCUCUCUUCCAUUCACAUUCGAACUGUCCUUGGGACAUUGAAAAGCAAUCGGCCAUUAGUGACAAGCUUGGAUGA